AUGUCUCUCCGCAAUCUCAAAGCCACUGCCUCAGACGCAGCAUCCCACCUUCUAGAAACAUUCUCCAAUAAAUCCAUCAUCCGCCGUCAAUUUCUUGACGCAAACCAACUCCAAAAACUAGCUCUCACACUGAACCGUCCAACCCUCAACGGCAAGGACGUGUCUGAGCAGCCGCCAAUUGAAGGAACACCCGUACCACCAGGCUAUCAUCUCGUAUACUUCACACCAAAUGGGACAGAAUCUGAAUUAGGCGCUGAUGGAAGCGAUACCACCUAUAAUGCCUCGAAACCGUUUACGAGAAGGAUGUGGGCUGGUGGUAAGAUGACAUGGGCUAGUGAUGUGUCGCUUCGGGUAGGUGAUCAAGUUGAAGAGAGGACGAGGUUGCUGAGCGCGACACCGAAGAGGAGUCGCUCGGCGGGGGAGAUGGUUCUUGUGGAGGUUGAGAAGGAGUUUUGGGGGUCGAAGGGCUUGGCGUUGACGGAUCGGAGGUCUUGGGUGUUUAGACCUGAGAUUGAUCCUAGUGCUGUGAGAGAGGAGCCAAGAGUGCUCGAGGAUUCUGUCCGUGGGCCGUCACUUAUCAGAGACUUGGAUGUAAAGAGUGAAGAACUAGGUGUUCCCAUAAGAGAACUCCGCUGGUCGCCAGUCGGCCUCUUCCGAUUCUCAGCCCUCACCUUCAAUGGGCAUAUGAUACACUAUAACCAAGACUGGACUCGAAAUGUUGAAGGCCAUCCCGCUGAAGUUGUCCACGGACCACUCAACCUGGUCAAUCUGUUGGAUUACUGGCGAGACAUCCAUGGCAACGGUGAAAGCCCGACAGGCAUCACAUACCGAGCCAUGUCACCUUUGUAUGCUGGUCAAACAUACCGCAUCCGGACCUCAGCGACUAAGGAGGCUGAAGGUGAGAAGGCUUGGGAUGUUCUUGUUGAGAAGGAUGGGACGGUUUGUAUGAAGAGCGAGAUCACGGCAUAG